AUGGGAAACAUCUGCUCGAAAUCGGCCAACCAAGACCCCUUCUCCCAGCCUGGUCGCGUCCUCGGAUCGUCCGCGCCGACUGAGCAGGGUCCUGCUCGUGCCCCCGUCCCCAAAAACGUCGCCGCCAAAGGCCCCGGGAGGACGCUCGGCGGUGGCGCGCCCUCGGGCGAUGGCAGCGAUGCCCGCACCAAAGCCGCAGAGGCUGCACAGAAACGAGCGGAAGCCUUGCAAGCCUCGAAUCGCGGCAAGUUGAGCAGCCAGCUGGCCGCGCAGAAGGCGCAGACCCACGCGCAGACCUUGAACGAGGCCAGCAAGGCGGAGAGGGCGGCGCGGGAUGCUGACCGCGCGGAACAAGCCAGACGGUGGGAUUGA